CAAGGCCUUUUAUGGAGUGGUUAGGGUGUCCAGCUGACCCACAAUGCACUGCGUCUGCUCGCUAUAUGAGACCCGUUCACCGCAGAGACGCCGCUUCUCUCCUCCACCCGUGAGGCCAUGGCUUCUUCAGCCUCGUCGUUCCAGCGCUCGUCACGUUACAGCACCAGCACCGUCCGGUCCUUCAACACCGACUGCCUCCACCCGAGACUUCACAGUGAGUUUGGAGAAGAAACAUCCAUCAGCUCCAUCACAAACGGGUUCGAACCCGAGUCCUUCAGCCGUUGCCAUGGUGAUGUACAGGAUGAGUCAUCGUGGGCCGAGUCCUUUGGAGGUUACCAAGGUGACCGGGAGUCGUUUGGAGGUUACCAUGGGGACCAACAGUACCACACACCCCAAGGAGGAAACCAGGGCGACUGGAUCCUCGGAGACGAAGUACAGGUGUUUGUGGUUUCAGCGCGCGGCUCCGGUGUGAGCGCGGUCCGAGCGCGGGGAAACCGCUACUUUCUGUCUGCAGACGUCAGCGGGUUCGAGCCUCAUGAAGUGGUUGUGGUGGCGUAUAAUCAGCAUGUGGUUAUUCAUGCGGAGAAGAUCGGAGCAGACGGGAGCGUUGCAGGAAAGUUUACCCAUAAGUCCGUGCUUCCAGCAGACAUGAACCCUUUAUCUGUGAGCAGUGAACUGACCGCCGAGAAGAUGUUGAUUAUCAGCAUCGAACGCAUCCGUGACCCGGUCGUCCAGCCUCAAACUCACCUUUGACCUCUGACCUUCACUUCAGAGAGGAGAACCCGUCAAACUCAAACUCCACCGAAACCACAAAACACAAGCUCAGGGAGGAUGUACACCAAAUCUCAGAUAUGAGUAGAAAUAGACAAGGUUCUAUAUAGAAUCUUCAAACGCUUCAUAUUUAGAACCUUUAGGGGUUCUGGAUCAUUUUCAGGAUUUAGUUUUAUUUAAUUAAUUUUAAUUACAUUUUAUGAUCAAGCAGCUUGUAAACAUACUUUAUCACUUUAUAGAGAAAUCAAUAUAACUCAUUAAACAUGAAAGUGUUAGGUGAUCAUGUAACACAUUUCUCCUUGUAUAGAACCGUUUUGGUAUAAAGAGUUCUUUAAAAUUGAGUCAAGAACCCUAGAGUUCUCUAAGAGCGACUCUGAUUCCUCUGUUCGGACUGAGCUUCAGUGUUUCAGUAAGCUAUGAUCUAUUUCAUCAGUCAGAUGACAUUACUGUAUAUUCACAUAUCACAAACAUCAUCUCAACAAGUCUUUAGUUGGCACCCAAAAAAUGAAAUAGGUUGUUUUGGUUUGCAGAAAAUGAACAUUGGAAUGAGUGGAUUGAUGAUGUGAAUUUGAUCUCUCUUGAGUUUGAUGUUGUCAAAAUGUCACAGUAACACUUUUAUAAUCUAAACCUUGAGAUACACACACUGGAAAAGUGUGUUGUUUUACAAGAAAAUACCAUACUUCAAAAUGUAAUGUUUAAUAAUUCCAUGUUCCAUUGUCGUUUCUUUUUCUUUUCAGUGUGAGUUGCAUAUACAGUGUCUUUGUCAAUGCAAAAUCUAUAUUUAGACCAUUCUCUUUUUCUAACAUGAAAUCAUAAAUCAUCUUUUCCUAAGUGAGCUUGUAUGUUAA